CUCAGUUUUACUUUUUUACUCCUGGGCCACUUCCUGUUACUGCUACCCCGCCAUGGACUUCUUGAUGAGCGGCCUGGCAGCCUGCGGGGCCUGUCUGUUCACCAACCCCCUGGAAGUGGUAAAGACCAGGAUGCAGCUGCAGGGAGAAUUGCAGGCCCCGGGCACCUACCAGCGGCACUACCGAAACGUCUUCCACGCCUUCAUCACCAUCGGCAGGGUGGACGGCCUGGCUGCCUUGCAGAAGGGACUGGCCCCCGCCCUCUUAUACCAGUUCCUCAUGAAUGGCAUCCGCCUGGGCACCUACGGGCUGGCUGAGGCUGGGGGCUACCUGCACACUGCCGAAGGCACCCUCAGCCCUCCACGAAGCGCAGCAGCUGGGGCCCUGGCUGGGGUCAUGGGAGCCUACUUGGGGAGCCCCAUCUACAUGGUGAAGACACACCUACAGGCACAAGCAGCCUCGGAGAUUGCAGUAGGGCACCAGUAUAAGCAUCAGGGCAUGUUUCAGGCGCUAAGCGAGAUUGGCCAGAAACAUGGUCUGGUGGGGUUGUGGCGUGGGGCCCUGGGCGGCCUGCCCCGAGUUAUCAUCGGUUCCUCCACCCAGCUGUGCACCUUCUCAUCCACCAAGGACCUCAUCACGCAGUGGGAGAUACUUCCUCCCCAGAGCUGGAAAGUGGCUCUGGCAGCUGCCAUGGUGAGUGGCAUUGCGGUGGUCCUGGCCAUGACGCCGUUUGAUGUGGUCAGCACGAGGCUCUACAACCAGCCCACGGACUCUCAGGGCAAGGGCCUCAUGUACCGGGGGAUGCUGGAUGCUCUGCGGCAGACCGCUCGGACAGAGGGCAUUUUUGGCAUGUACAAGGGUAUAGGUGCCUCCUACUUCCGCCUUGGCCCCCACACCAUCCUUUCCCUCUUCUUCUGGGACCAGUUACGCACCCUCUACCACACGUACACCAAAUAACAGCCAGUCCUUCCCACACCACCACAUCAGCACUCCUUAGACACUUCUGCCUCCACUAUUGUGUUCUCGUGACUUCUGACCAGCGGAUCUUUUCGUCCAUCCAAAGGGAACCGCCUAUGCCACUCCCUAACUGUCUUCUCAGGGUUGAAUCACUACAAGGGAUAGUUUCCCUCCCUUUCUUGGGUGUCACUUUCUUUAAACCUUCCCUACCCAUCCCCUGGACACUUCAUACCCCUCUCUCAGGGCUGAACCGGUCACUCCAAAGUAUUUCCUCCUUUUAUUUGGGCAGCCUUGGGUCCCUU